AUGGGUAAAUUUUUGGAAUGUGUCAUUGCUAAUCGGUUGGAGGUUAUCAUCAGUGAAGGUAGUGGACUAUCUAGAGGCCAGUACGGAUUUAGGCUCGGCGUGUCCACAAGCGAUGCUGUGCAGAAAGUUAAAGAAGUUGAAGUCCCGGCUAUAAAUCCGGCUAGCUCAGAAGAAAAAGUGACAGCACCUCAUAGCAGUCAAGUGAAAAAUCAGAAUCCGCAAAAUAGAGGAAAAUUUAAUAAAAACACAUGUUUUAAAUGCGGAAAGCACGGACACUUUGGUCGAGAUUGCCGAGCAAGCAAAAUAACGUUGCCAACGGCGGGCAGCAGAAUGAAUACCGUUGAAAAAUACUACAAUUAUUGCAAAAAAGCAGGACAUUUCAGGGAAAAUUGUUGGGCCCUGAAUGAUAAAAAAAACAGGAAGUAUCCAGGAAAGAAAUCAAAAGAUACAUCACAUAAGAAGCAAAAUAAAAAACAGACUCAAAGUGACAAUAGCGACUCAUUCGAGAAUGAGGAUAGAAGCAAUAAAAAGAAAAAGGCUAUAACGAUGGCAGAGCUUCAAAUUACAGAGGUAAACGCUACACAAGCAGGUCUGGACGUUGUAAAACUGCCAAUUCAAGAAACAAAGCGUGAAAAAGCGGAAUUACUGUAUGACACGGAGGCUUCAGUGUCACUUAUUAAAAAGAAAUGCUUAAAGGGGAAAACCCCCGCGGAAUUAACCAGCGUAGAAUUAACAGGAGUUACGGGACAAAGCUUGUGUGAUAGAAAACUUUAUGGCAACCAUCCAAAGUAUAACGUUACUCAUGACUACAAGAAAGGAAAAAUUCUCGUAGAACAAAAGACGUUGGCCUUGCAACCUUAUAAAAACGUAGAAAUACCAUCAAGAUGUGAGGCCAUUAUACAAGCAGUAGCGGAUAGCAACCAGGUAGGCUUAAUUAAAGCAGAAGAGAAGCAGCCAGAAACAUUAAUCGGUAACUGUCUCGUACAACCUAAGAACUAUUUAUGCCCCGUGAACAUCAUUAAUACGAUGGAACAAACCGUAAAACUACAGAUUCAGCAGAUAAAAGUUAAGCCGUUAACAGACAUUGACGGAAGCCUAGGAAUCAACAUCGUGGAAAACGGAGAACCGCCGAGUAAAACAAACACAGUAAGACAUCAGAUUUCGGUCAGAGCCGAUACCGCGCCGAUUAAUGUAAGGCUAUACCGACUGCCGGAGAAACAUAAAAUAGAGGUCGACAAACAGAUAAAAGAAAUGUUGGAAAAUGAAACAAUUCGGCCUAGCAAGAUAGUAGAUUUUCGACGUCUAAACGACGUAACCAUUGGAGAUUCGUUCCCUCUGCCUAACAUAACGGAAAUCUUGGAUCAGCUGGGAAAUGCUAAGUAUUUCUCCACGCUGGACUUGGCGUCGGGGUAUCAUCAAAUACCCAUAGAAGAAACGGACAAGUGCAAGACAGCAUUUUUGAAACCGUACGAGCAUUCCGAAUAUAAUAGAAUGCCCUUUGGUUUGAAAAACGCGCCAGCCACGUUUCAGAGACUGAUGAACUCGGUUUUGUCCGGAUUACAGAGCAUGAAAUGUUUCAUAUAUCUAGAUGAUAUAGUGAUACAUGGAGCCAGUCUGGAGGAACACAGAAAACGACUAAAAGAUGUGGUGAAGGAUAUACAAGCUUUCAUAGGUUUAGCAGGCUACUAUCGGAAAUUCAUUGACCAAUUCUCAAGAAUUGCAAAAUCUCUGACUCAGCUAACACGAAAAGGAGUUAACUUCGAGUGGGUCCAGGAACAGCAGCAAGCGUUCGAGAUAUUAAAAGAAAAACCGACGCAUCAGGUUACGCAAUCGGAGCUGUCUUGUCGCAAGGUCCGAUAUGACAAGAUAAACCUAUCGCAUAUGCAAGCCAAGUAUUAA